AUGCAAGUUCCUCAAGGUUUGCCUCUCUUGGCCAGUUGCGACGUCGGUGGCAUUCCCAGACCUCACGUACUGUGGCGAAAAGCCACACAGUCGAUUUCGUCAGACUUCGAAGUCAUCAACCUUAAUCGAAGCUUGUACCUUUCGCAAGUUUCGAAACAUCAUGAGGGACUAUACGUUUGUGAGGCAGAAAACAAAUGCGGAAAGGCCUCGAAAGUGGUUUAUGUGGAAGUGCUUCAGAAGCCGGUGUUUCGUGAUGAUGUGGGAAAAGCGAACCUGACGGUCAUCAGAAGAAACUUUGUCAUUUUCGAAUGCUUCGUUGAGGAUGGCUCAAAUCUUAGCCUUCACAUUCAGUGGAUGCGCCAUGGACACUACAUAAAAGCAAACACAUCUCGAUUUAACAUACUUUCUAGAGUCAUGCCAAAGAUUAGAAAUUUCCGCGCUUCAAACCUGUACAAUGUUCCAGUCGGAAAACAACUGACAUUGCUCUGUGUCGUUCAAGGGACACCUAAGCCAAAAUUAGCUUGGUUCAAGGGAAUUGAGCCUUUGAAUCGAAGUGAUAAUCACUACGUUUCCAGAACGGGUCAGGAGUUGCGCUUUGUUGCUAUUCGAAGCACAGAUGCCGGUCAUUACAUUUGCGAGGCGUCAAACUCUGUCGGUAAAGAUACCCUCAAUUUGACGGUCCAGAUUCGAGCACCCAUCAUCGAGUCGCGCAAACCACGUAAUCUGAUGAAGAAUUGUGACAUUAGACUCAUAUUGAGCUGCUCUGAACCUGGCAGACAACCUCCUACAGUGCACUGGUUGAAGAACGGCUUUCGUUUGUACGUCAACGAUAGCGAGCACAUUUUACCAGAUGGCCGACUACAGGUGAACGUUAGAUCACGUCAGCACAUGCGAUACACUUGUUUCGCAGAAAGUGUCGGUGGCGUUACGGCGAUGGACACAUUUAUUGUCGGCGUUGAAGUCACGCGAGCCGCCGGGGUGGCAACUGCUGUAGUAGAUGUAUUGGAUUCCAAUAUGUUAGAAUUAGCAGGGGAAAUUAUCGGGUCAGAAUCACUGAACAUGAAGUGGACGUUCAACGGCCGACAGCCUGAGCUUGGUAAAGGACGACUUCGGAUUUCUAGCGACGGUAGAAAGCUGCUUCUGAAAGCUGUUGCCAAAACUGCAGAAGGAUUGUAUACAUGCUCAGGGAGCACUGAUGGUGGGAAAGAUGAGCAAAUAUUCCAUCUUCGCGUAAAGACACACCCAAGAACGACUACUACCGUGAGGAUGGCUUCUGCUGGUGAUUCUGUGAGGCUGGAGUGCGACCUGACAAACCUGACUCCAAUCAAGGUAGUAGCGCUGAAUACAGUAGGUGCUGGUGAAAACCAUUGCUAA